UCCCCAGGCGGGCACUUUUUGCAACCCUCCGCCCCCCAAAGCCAACAACCCCCGCCCCCAAAGUUAGAGAGUGAAUAGAGAGAGAGAGAGAGAGAGAGGCGAUGGCCGGAAAAGCACCUCCCGUGAGGCCGCCGGCAGCGCCACCCGCCCCAGCGUCACCUCCGUCUGUAGAAGCCGACGUUGAGGGCGGCGUUGGCUAUGCUGAGUCUGUCGAAUCAUCGCCGCGCUCCCGCGGCACCACCGAUCCAUGGGAUGAUCCUACACCGCAGGCGGUGCCACCGGCGGGGUCGCAGAAGCUCCGCUUGAUGUGCAGUUAUGGAGGUCGCAUCGUUCCGCGACCUCACGACAAGGCACUUUGCUACCUUGGCGGGGACACCCGCAUCGUCGUUGUUGACCGCCACACCACUUUGGUGGAGCUGUCGUCGAGGCUCUCGCGGUUGCUUCUGAAUGGCCGACCCUUCACCCUCAAAUACCAGCUACCCAACGAGGACCUGGACUCACUGGUGUCCGUCACCACCGAUGAGGACCUGGAGAACAUGGUCGACGAGUUCGACCGCUGCCUCCGGCCUGCCCGCCUUCGCCUCUUCCUCUUUCCCACUCGCCCCCCUGACACCGCCGCUUCAUUGGGAUCAUUGCUUGAAGACUCAAAAGCUGAUUUGUGGUUUGUCGAUGCUCUCAAUGGCUCUGGCCUCGCCCCUAGGGGCCACUCAGCUGAUGCCGCCACUGUUGAUCACCUCCUUGGUGGUGUCAAUUCUGGCGAUGGCUUCUCGUGGCCCCCAGAGAAACCCCCAUCUGCUGCGCCAUCUGCUGCGCAGUCGGAAGUCUCACCGGCUGCUGGAAGUGGCGGGGUGGCAACUCAGGAGGUGCACUCAGUGCCGGACUCACCGAUGCUCGAGACCACGUCGUCAUUCGGGUCUGCAUCGUCUGCUCCUUACCUCUCAAACCUGCCACCGAUUCGCAUCCGCGCCGAGGAGAGCCCCAUGACCCUGCCGCCUGCAGCGCAGCAGACGAGCUUCGAAGAUCAUUUCGCACAGUUGGGUAUCUCGCAAAAGACUGAUGAAAACUUCAAGGAGAGCCCAGUCUCUGCCACCAACAAGAUCGCAUCCGAUGAGGAUAUCAACACAAAGAAACAACCCUUUCAGCAGGUUCCUCCAUCAAAACCCUCAGAUUUCCAGGAAGCAGCUCAGCCAAGAUACGAGCCCUCUGGUUAUUCGAUCCCAGCUUCUCAUGUGCUUUUGGAAUCAGAUGAAGGAGGUUUCCAAAAACAUGAUCUCAGAGACCCUUCAAUUCCUUACUUCUAUAAGGAUCACAACCUUGGUCCUCCUGCUUCGGCUUAUUCAAAGCCGGUGGUUUACCAGGAGCAGAAUCCUCCUGCACAUAUGGGUUCGAUCCCGAUUCGAGCCAUUCCUGCUCCAACCCCUGAUUCCACCGCUGCUGAUUCGAUGAAACGAGAGGCGGUGAUUCCUGACUCCAUUUACAAAACCCAGGUUCAAUAUCAUCCCUCUGGUUUCGUUCUCCAACCUGAGCAACAAUUCAUGCAUGCACCUCCCCAAUUUAUACACCAUCCCAGCCCAAAUUCCUAUUACCAGGUUCAUCACCUUCACCCCCAUCUUCAAGCUCAGCCUCAACAGCCGGAGAGCCAGCCACCAUACCCUGUGUAUUUCCUUCACUCUCAGCCUGUGAGGCCUAACCAGUUCCCAUAUAACUUGGCCUCAUUGCAACAACAGCAACAGCCCAAUUUGGUCGAUGCUCAAAUUUCGUCAUCCAGCAAGUCCCCAAUGGCCAUGGCUGAUCUGACCACUAAGCCUCCGCUUCCCACUACUUCUAUGGCCAAUCCUCGAGCCCCAAUUAAGCCAGAAGCCCCCCCUGUAACUGCUGCAACUAUGUAUCGAACAUCAACUGCACAAGCAGUUCCCUCUGCCCCGCUUGUUCAGAUGACAGAGUCUCUCCCACUUCAACCUCAAUUCACGAAUUACCAACAUUUUCUACAUCCUACCCAAGCCUCCUCUGGUGCUCAUUUUGGCUAUGAAUUGGGUGAUCCAGCGCAAGCUCAGGUGUUCUAUACACAAACCCCAUUGACCAUGAAUCCUCCUCCAGUGUACCAAGCUGCCAAUGUGGAGGCUUCUUCUCAGUCGCUCCCUGAUACAAAACAAGUGAGACCUUCGCAACCACUGUAAGUUUGAGAGAUGAUUUGUUGGGGUUCGAAAUCUCAGCGGUCUAAAUUUUGGGCGCGUGUGGUUUGAUUAUUUAGAUGUUAUUAUACUUGUGUGCUGUUGUUUGUUUUCGGGUGGGGAAUAAGUAGGGAAGUGGUCAUGUUGAUGGGACGUGUUUAUGUUCAUCUCUUCGUACAUUGUUCACAGUUUGUAUGAUCAGUUGUUGAAAGUGUUCGGUUUUAUUUAAUAAUAAAUACAGUGAGUGAUUGUUUGAUGCUUC